GAGCCGCGAGCGUCAGCUGACCGCCGAGCACCGCUGCGUCCCCCGCUGCCGCCGCUGCCGCCCCAGACCUCCUCACUGCUGCCUCCUCACGGCCUCCAGGAACUCAGGUUUGAUGUCGACGUCCGUCUUCACUCCACGGCUCUGUGGACAUCUGGUGUGUGGACUCUUCAUGCUGGCCUCGCUGCAACACCUGACUGCAGGUCGACUCAGCAACUGCACUCACCCUCUGGUGCAGGAACAUGGAGGCUUCCGCUGCGACCCGUCACCGUGCCGUGGAUUCCCUCAGAGAACCACCAUCCACAUGUUCUGCGAGCCGGGAUUCCACCUCAGCAACAAGGUGCGCAUGUCCAGGUGUCGCCACGGCCGCUGGGUGCCGCCCAUCCCUGCGUGCGUCCCUGUCAACGUAGGAACGCGAAUGAACUCUGACAGCCGAGGUAGCGACUCCAUGGGCAACAUGGUGACCACGGCUGUGGGUGUGUCCAUCCUCCUGCUGAGCACCACGGCCUGUCUGGUGGUCAAGUCUGGACUUUACCCAUGCCAGACGCAGAACCGCCGGCGCUCGGACCAGCUGGACCUGAUGGUUGAGGGCCUUCCUGUGUCGCUGCCGUCGUACGAGGAGGCCGUCUAUGGCAGCUGGGGUCAGCGCCUCGCAUCUUGCUCCACACCAGGACCCACGCAGCUCCUGCUGGCUCAGGAGGCCUCUGGACCCCAAGGUUCACCCCAGAACAGCCAGUCAGAGGACAGCCAGCGCCCCCUGCUGCCCAUUCACAGCCCCGACCAGCCCCCGCCCCCUUACGAGGAGGUCCAGUCACAUCGCAGAGACAGACUGGGUGACUGCCAGCUGCAGGUGGCGCUCUCUGAUAACAAGAACUCCUGAACUUGUUCAGAUCUGCUCCCAACACUUUCGUCCAGAUGGGAAAUCACGAAUGUAUGGAGCCUCAGGAGACGUUCCCGAAUGUAAAUAGAGACAGUGCGCUUGUUGUUUGACCAUGUGAGGACGACCGGGUCCAGGAGUCAGAACUAGGACUGUGAUGACUCAGAGUUCCUGCUUGAGGUCUCAGCUAUGACAUUCACCAGGUCCAUGUGGUGAGAGACAGAUGUCUUCAAGUCCCGAAGUGCUGUGGGAAGGCCACUGAAAGUAUUUCCACUGCAGGCCUCUGGACUCCUUCACAGAGCUCCUACAUCCGUGAGGUAUGUGGAGUCGAGGAGCAGCUGCUUUGGAACCAGGCGUUUUUCAGGUAUGCGUCCUUAACACCUUUCUGGUGAGAUGUUCCUACAUGAGAGGGUGGCAUGGGGCUGACCCAGUCGCUGGCAAGGUUCACAUCUGGUCCACAUGCUGACCACUUCUUUCUUAGUUGGUCCACAUGAAAAGAACCAGUCCAUACAUGGCUAACAUUAGGUGAGGUGGACAUUGUGGAGCAGAACCAGAUGAAUCUCCACCUCAUGGCCGGAACAUCUGGAGAUGGGAGUUGACUCAGUGGAGACAUGUAGAACCCAGGUUUUGUUUCUCUGCCCGCCGACACCCUCAGACCAUGAAUGUAGUUGAGUCACAUCUUUGUGUGAGAAGAUCCGCACAUCGUUCUUUAUGUUGUUGCUCAAUAAAUUUGUGUUGAAGCUGCGCAGUCGUGACUUCCCGUAGUUGGCUCGAAUUGAGAACAUUUUAGGGACCACAUCAGCUCCAGGAGUCUAGGACUCACCAUAAGAGAAGACUGAUCCACUGGACAGGAAGUGACGUUUUGGACGCGGUAACACACCGAACGAUGCGUUUAUCCUUCGUUGACGCAGCACAAUCUGACCACCAGGUGUCGCCACUGCUGCGGUGAUACCAGCUGUGCGUUCACCUUCAUCCCCAGAUCAACACUAACACAAGCUGUGAUUGCUUUCGUCUUUAUUGUUCCAUUUCAGAGUAAAAUGAGCAGAACAAUCCCUCCUACAAGGUUUCAGCUCCACUCAGUCACCACUUCGUCCAGAAGUGGGACACGAACGUAUCAGAGGAAUCUGGACCGAACAGAACGUGAGACGAACAACAGUGACGUGACCAGAACUUUCUCGUGUUGCAGCUCAGGAUGUAUGUGGGUUUGUUGUGCAAACUCUCGCAGGAGGCGGUGUGUGUGUGUGUAGGUGUGUCGUAUCGGUUCUGUAGAUCUGGACCAUCAGCUGACAACAUCCUGCAUCAGUCGUCAGAUUCUCCGCGUCGGUCGGACAAAUAAAAACAGUGACAUCAAGUUCCUCGCGUCCGCAGACAUUCAGGCUGAACUGUUCUUCACGUUUCCGUUAGUUCAGUAUUUACAGAAUAAAUUAGCUGACGCUGAUAAAAUAAAUAAGUGAAGCAGCUUCGUGAAGGAGAUGAAACACUUGGUGGAACUCAGCGGGGCGGCGCCUGAAAACUAAAGUCUGGAGUUGAGUUUCAAUUAUAUACCUACUUUUUUCAGGUCAUACGCUGAAGCAGUAGAAGGUCCUCAUGACCCAGCACCACACGACCAGAUGCAGCACCAGAUCUGAGUGUGGCUCUCCUCAGAUGGGGUCUCCUGGGUGAGGAGGAUCUACAGGAGCUUGGUUAGAGCCUGGAUGAACCUGGUCCU